ACUUGACCUUCAUCCACCUCACGCGCCUCGAAUAGUGAUUACGUGCUAUGAGACUCUAGGCUGCCUGCCAGUGUUUGUGAAAUACGCCACAGUUUUUACUUUUGACGAGUUGCAAGUCACCAUAAUAUUCGAGCAAUUUGCACCUUUAUUGCCUCAUGUCCUGAGCUUCCACUACCAUCAUCAUGUCACGCAACCAUGAAUUUGGUUUGCUCACAAACCACUUGAGAGUGUUUCUGAAAGCAUUGCCUAGAUAUCUCGCUUGCCCACUGCGACUCCUGUACCGUCUGUUUCAUAUCCUUUUGCAACUAUAUUCUCGUAGUAUCAGGUCCAGGCGCCAGUUCCUACGCGCUCAAACAGACGGACGCCAAAAGCGAGUUGCUGGCUCAAUCCAACCCCCCAUUCCCCUUCUUCCUCUGUGCAACAAUCAACUACAGGUCCCAAUACAACCAUCAGCGUUCGCAUCUAAUUCAUCCGUCCUACUAUCGCCAGUUCACACUCCUCCGACAUCGGUUAAUCAUGCCCUGCAGCUGCAUUCUGUAGGUCCAGUCCCAUCCCAGGGCCAAUCGGAGUUCAGGCCAUUCGCGCCAUCCCAGGUGAUGCGAUAUGGUAAAAAACCUACAAUCAAGCGCGACGGCACAACAGAUGAGUUUCUUAAAGCUGGAACCAUAAACUUUUCCGAUCCAGGAGAUAGUGUCGAGUGGGAUGCCUGUGUACACCCUGAAGGAGCGCUCUACUAUCACGAUGCCGCUCGUGGUACUUACACCGAGUCGAACAUGCGAGAUGAACAACGCCGGCGUCAGAUGAACUUGUGGGUAGAUGAGUUACUCAGGAUGUACUCUGCCAGUGGAAUUCAGCCUGGCACCGAUAUUGAACUCGUUGUGGAAUCGACAAGGCGUAAGGGGGGCGAAGGUAUGGUGUGCAGGUAUUAUUUCGUAUACCAUCCUGAGCGCCUGCUUUUCUGGCUCCAUCCGAUGCCUACGGACAAGCUCUUUGAUGGAGUUGCGGGCGUCACGAAGCCGAGCCAUAUCAAGCAUGCUAUUGAGAAUCAGUACUGGCAACAAUGCGAGCUGUAUCCCAAUGCAAAGAACCUGGAAGGACCUCUGUUGCUCAAGGAGCUCAAAGAAAUCGUUGUGCAUGCUAGCGCUGAAACCAUUACGACAGACUUGUCGCUCUCGCCCUUCGAUGGCGAUGAAUUAUCGAAAAUUCUGGAGUUGAUCAGCCAACUUCAAGACUACAAGCAGGACGAAUAUCAUGCCAGGUCUAUAUGUGUCAUAGCCAGGUUUAUGCGGUAUUUCAAGCGAGCUCGAUUUUUCAAUUUUGGCGGACUCACUGAAGCCCGAUUGAAUGCGGACCAAUUUGUUUACGUCAAGAAGAAGAGGGGAAAGUUAAUAGUGGUUCUCUCAUGGGCUAUCAAUGUCGCACUGUUUGGCGCUCCACGGUCACAUAUGAACGAGAUCCGACGAGUGUGGGUCGACAGAAGUCUCAAUUCUCCGCGCUGGAAGAAGUUUAAUAACAAGCUAAGCAAUGAAUGGUCAGGCAUCACGAUGUAUUCAACUGUGAUGAUGGCCGUGGACGUCAGCUUCCUGGCCGUGCCUUCUGUCAGUCUCCAGAAUUCAGGUUCGGUCACUGUCAUUAGCACGUACAUUUCCUUGUUUUGUAUCGUCGGAUCGUUGGUUGUGUCCUUGUUUCUCACAAGACAGAAUCAGACAUAUGGGCAAGAAUCUGCCGACAAAGCGGUCAAAUUCCUCGAGCGGAUGACAGGCUCUGCGUUUGGCACGAAAGCUGUGGCGACUAUACAUGGUCUUCCAUAUGCUAUGCUGUUAAUGAUGUAUUUCAUGCUUGGAUUCUCUUACCAGGUCUUCACGUCCACGCCUAUCAUCACGCUCGCGACCACUGGGAGUGCAUGUGCUAUCAUGGCGCUUUUCACGCUGUGGCUCGUAAGCGCGGCGAGGGAUUUCCAUAUGUUGACAUGGUUGCUGGCACGGCUCGAAGCUUUGAAAGAAAAAAUUUGCAGUCUCCAUAAGUGACUCGGCUUAGUCUAAGUUAAGUGCUGUUGAUAAUAUAUAGCGGAAUCUAUACCGGACGCGCUGCGGCGUGCUGCAGCAAACCUCGUGACAAUAUUGUAUGUCCACAUUAAUAUUCACCCAAUGACAACUGGACGAAUGACGUUUGUGCCAAUUCGUCAUCGUUGGCG